CCCGCAGCCCCGCCUGGGAACAGCUGGAAUCGGAGAGGAUGGCCGGGGCCACGGGACCCCCGCCCGCCGCUGGUCUGGGAGCCGCCUCCUCCUCAACCAUCGCCUCAGCCAGCGCCUCCUCAGCCGUCGCCGCCUCAGCCAGCGCCUCCUCAGCCAUCGCCUCGGCCGGGGACGAGUCGUCCGACAGCGAAGCGGAACACGAGGGGCCCCAGAAGCUGAUCCGGAAAGUGUCCACCUCCGGACAGAUCCGCAGCAAGACCAGCAUUAAAGAAGGAAUACUGUUAAAGCAAACCAGUUCUUUCCAGAGGUGGAAAAAACGUUACUUCAAACUCCGAGGCCGUACUCUUUACUACGCUAAGGAUUCAAAGUCUCUAAUAUUUGAUGAAGUUGACCUGUCAGACGCCAGCGUAGCUGAGUCAAGCACAAAGAACGUUAACAACAGCUUCACGAUAAUUACCCCAUUCAGGAGACUGAUAUUGUGUGCCGAGAACCGAAAGGAGAUGGAGGAUUGGAUCAGCUCGCUGAAGUCUGUACAAUCCAGAGAACAUUAUGAAACGGCGCAGUUUAAUGUGGAACAUUUCUCAGGGAUGCAUAACUGGUAUGCGAGCUCCCACGCCCGACCUACCUUUUGCAACGUUUGCAGAGAGAGCCUCUCUGGAGUCACCUCCCAUGGCCUGUCUUGCGAAGUGUGUAAAUUCAAAGCACACAAAAGAUGUGCUGUCAGAGCAACAAAUAAUUGCAAAUGGACUACCUUAGCUUCCAUUGGGAAGGAUAUCAUUGAAGAUGAAGAUGGUAUAGCUAUGCCCCACCAGUGGCUAGAGGGCAACUUGCCCGUCAGUGCCAAAUGUGCAGUCUGUGACAAGACCUGCGGCAGUGUUCUGCGCUUGCAAGAUUGGAAGUGCCUUUGGUGUAAAGCUAUGGUACACACUGCCUGCAGAGAUCUGUAUCCUCGCAAAUGUCCACUUGGCCAGUGUAAGGUAUCAAUCAUACCUCCAACUGCACUUAACAGCAUAGACUCCGAUGGGUUUUGGAAAGCAACGUGCCCACCGUCUUGUGCAAGCCCUUUGUUAGUUUUCGUCAAUUCUAAGAGUGGAGACAAUCAGGGAGUAAAGUUUCUUCGGCGAUUCAAACAAUUGCUAAAUCCAGCUCAGGUGUUUGAUUUAAUGAAUGGAGGACCUCAUUUAGGCUUACGUUUAUUUCAGAAGUUUGACAAUUUCCGGAUUCUUGUGUGUGGAGGAGAUGGAAGCGUUGGUUGGGUUUUGUCUGAAAUCGAUAAACUCAGCUUGCACAAACAGUGUCAGCUGGGAGUCUUGCCCCUCGGUACUGGAAAUGACCUGGCCCGAGUGCUCGGCUGGGGGGGGUCUUGUGACGACGACACCCAGCUUCCACAGAUCUUGGAGAAGUUGGAACGGGCCAGUACAAAAAUGCUAGACAGGUGGAGUAUUAUGUCUUAUGAGCUCAAAUUGCCAACAAAGGCCUCUAUUCUUCCGGCCACUCCAGAAGAGGAAUCUGAGGAAUGUCAAAUGUCAUCUUAUGAGGACUCAGUUGCUGCCCACCUUGCAAAAAUACUCAAUUCUGAUCAGCAUUCAGUAGUCAUAUCCUCUGCCAAGGUAUUAUGCGAAACUGUAAAGGACUUCGUAGCCAAAAUAGGGAAGACCUAUGAAAAACCAGUGGAGAACACAGACGAAGCGGACGCCAUGUCCAUUAAAUGCUCAGUACUGAAUGAGAAACUUGAGCUGCUGCUCCAGGCUCUCCACGCCGAAGCCCAAGCCCCAACAGCUCCCCCGAGCAUCAGUCCCCGCAUUGUGGAGGAAGAACCCGGGGACUUUUCAAGCGAAGAACCCUCCUUGACGGACAGUAAAAAGCAGCCUUUGGAGGGCAUCACAAAAUCUUCCACUCAGAAAAUCUUCAAACCCCGGGAGUUGAUGUUGCGAGCAAACAGUUUAAAGAAAGCAGUGAGACAAAUCAUUGAACAAGCUGAAAAAGUUGUGGAUGAGCAGAAUAGUCACACGGAAGAACAAGGGAACCAGUCUCCUCCCAUAGAUGAUAGUAAAGAAGCCGAUGAAUUUAAAGAAGAUGAUAAAGAUGCUAAAACUGCACCUCGAUCUCCUGAUAGGCAUACAAGUGGCGUGUUUUCCCAGCCUAGUUCUGUCUCUGGCCCAGUCGCGGCAGCCAGCAAAGAAAAUCUCCCUGUGCUUAACACGAGGAUAAUCUGCCCAGGUUUGAGAGCGGGAUUAGCCGCCUCAAUUGCUGGGAGUUCGAUUAUCAGCAAAAUGCUACUCGCCAACAUCGAUCCAUUUGGGGCUACACCAUUUAUUGACCCAGACCCAGAUUCACUAGAAGGAUAUUCAGAAAAAUGUGUCAUGAACAAUUACUUUGGAAUUGGAUUAGAUGCCAAAAUUUCAUUAGAAUUUAACAAUAAGCGAGAGGAGCAUCCAGAGAAAUGCAGAAGUCGGACUAAAAACAUGAUGUGGUAUGGAGUGCUUGGAACCAAGGAGUUAUUGCAGAGAACUUAUAAGAAUUUGGAACAAAAAGUUCAGCUUGAGUGUGACGGGCAGUAUAUUCCCCUCCCCAGCCUACAAGGCAUAGCUGUGCUAAACAUCCCAAGUUACGCUGGCGGAACUAAUUUCUGGGGUGGAACUAAAGAAGAUGAUAUAUUCGGUGCCCCAUCGUUCGAUGACAAGAUUUUGGAGGUCGUUGCGGUUUUUGGGAGCAUGCAGAUGGCAGUCUCAAGAGUCAUUAAACUACAGCAUCACCGAAUAGCUCAGUGUCGGUCAGUAAAGAUCACCAUUCUUGGAGACGAAGGGGUUCCGGUACAAGUCGACGGAGAGGCCUGGAUCCAACCCCCAGGGAUCAUUAAAAUUGUACACAAAAACCGAGCCCAGAUGCUAACGAGAGACAGGGCGUUUGAGAACACCCUGAAGUCUUGGGAAGAUAAACAGAAGUAUGAUACUUGCAAGCCAGCCCUCCGACCCCAUUUAUACCCGCAACAGGCCGUUGAUUUGGCAACAGAAGAAGAGGUGUCACAGAUGCAGUUGUGUUCACAGGCUGCGGAAGAACUCAUCACUAGGAUCUGUGAAGCAGCAAAGAUCCACAGCUUGUUGGAACAGGAGCUUGCUCAUGCUGUCAAUGCCUGUUCCCAUGCAAUGAACAAGGCCAAUCCAAGGUUUCCCGAGAGUCUUACCAGAAACACUGCCAUUGAAAUAGCUGUCAAUGUGAAGGCUCUCCAUAAUGAAACAGAGUCUUUACUAGUCGGAAGGAUUCCUUUGCAGUUGGACUCUCCCCAUGAAGAGCUGGUAUCUACUGCCUUACACAGCGUGGAGUUGGAACUGCAGAAACUAACGGAGAUUCCAUGGCUUUAUUAUGUUCUACAGCCCAAUGACGAUGAGGAUCCUCCUCUGGAAUACGUGAAAAGAAACAACCGAAGUACAGUGUUCCGCAUUGUGCCAAAGUUUAAAAAGGAAAAAGUUCCGAAGCAUAAAUCCAGCCCUCAACCUGUUCAAAAGUGGGGCACAGAUGAAGUUGCUGCUUGGCUGGAUCUGCUCAGUUUGGGAGAGUACAAAGAAACCUUCAUCCGCCAUGACAUCCGAGGGGCUGAGCUUUUGCAUCUGGAAAGGCGUGAUCUUAAGGACCUGGGGAUAACGAAAGUGGGGCAUAUGAAGCGAAUUCUCCAGGGAAUUAAAGAGCUUGGAAAGGGCACUCCGUUGGCUGAGGUGUAAUCAUUCUGGUGCUAUCGAGGGAGAUCUGCAAGUUUAUGCAAAGCUCUCAGGCCCUGGCAGGCCUCGAAGUUUACUAUGUGGAUAAAGUCAGCAGGGUAAAACGCUUGAUUUGAGAUACAGGAAUAGGUUUUGUGCCAAAAAGUACAUUCCGUGAAGCCGUUUCUUAUUGAGCUAUCCUAAUAUGUUCAAAUAUGCUUAUAUCGUAUUGAUGAAAUAUUAGGAGAAUGGUGACCUGCAUUUGCUGGAAAAUGCAAUUGCGAAAUGGUGAAUUUCCCCCCAACCUGGUCUGAUAUCAACCUCUUUCAAUGCAACAACAUAUCGCUAUACAGGAAAGGGUUUUCAGGGUGGCCUAUUCUGAGGCAAAGCUUCUUCCUAAGGAGAGCAAAUCAGAAGAUUGAGAUUCCACCAAGGUGGUCUUGCAUGGGAGUUUGGCGUCGCCUCAGAUACCUAACAUUCACUGGUCAAGGAAUGUGGUUAAGAAACCUUGUGUAUUCUGAACGCAAGAUGUAAUGCAUGGUGUACCUGCCUGAAUUGUCCUUUUUU